UUUUCUAAUCGGAGAUUUAACAGCCAAAGUAAUAUAUAUAUUGUGGUGCAUUUCGAAUACAAUGAAAUGAAAUGUGCAAUUGAUGCUAAAUAAUAUCCGUUUAUUGAUACGAAACGCGCGACGCGGUCAAUUUGCGUUCUUGGAGCAGAGCAACAUUAGAUAUUGGGAAAUUACUCAUACACUAAUGUUUACUCUGUGAGUAAUUUUAACACGGUACAAAUGUGUGUGCGGUUGCGGUACGCGAAAAACUACCGACGGUUGCCUUUCGUAACUAAGAGCAUUUAUUUUUGUACAAGUGAAUUCCAAUGGGCUAAAGUCAUAUGAAAUGUGUAUUGAGAUGAUCCAAUAAACGCUUAAUUUUAAGGAUUUCAUUUAUUUAUUUGUGAUUCCAUUACAUAUCUGUGCUGGAAUAACAAUAUGCAUCGCCCGCCAACUGAAAAUCAGUAUUUACAUUGAAAAGUUAAAAUAUUAUCGGAGUCAUUUUUGCUGUAAAUGUUUCAAACACUACAGCACCAACAAUUUACAAUUAUACAGAAUAUAUUUGCAACUGAGAAAGAACUCAACACUGUGAAAAUUCGAUUUGAGCCUAAAGAAAACUUUAAGAAUACUCGGCCAGCAAAAUUCUUCAAUAUUAUUAAAACCAAAUCCAAAAAACAUGGGCGGCGGCAAAAAUAUACGCCGCGGCUUGGAGCCACUGGAAUUUGAGGAAUGCAUCGUCGACAGUCCGGACUUUCGCGAAAAUUUGAAUCGCCAUGAAAAGGAACUGGAUCACACUAGUCAUCAAAUAAAACGAAUAAUCAAAGAGGUCAAAGAUCUUAUGAGUGCAGCAAAAAUGCUGUCCACUAGAAUGAAACAAUUGGCCAUUUUACUUACCGACUUUAACUUUGAGUGCAUAGGCACUGCUCAGACCGAUGAUGAGAAUGUCAUUUGUGAAAGCCUAAAACGAUUCGGUGCUAUUAUUGGCAAUAUUGAAGAUGAGCGCGAAAAGAUGCUAACGCUCGCUGAUAAACAUAUUAUUGAGUCACUGGAGGAUUUUCGAAAAAAGCAAAUUGGUGGCGUCAAAGAAAACAAAAAAAAAUUUGAUAAAAAAACUGAGAAGUUCUGUCAAUCACAGGAGCGUUUUCUCAAUAUGUCAACUAAAAAGCCCGAAAACACAAUUCAGGAGGCUGAUGCUAGCUUGGGCAUGCACGAGCGCGAAUAUAUUCAAGAGUCACUGAGCUAUGUUUUGCGCAUACAAGAAGUGCAGGAACGAAUCAAAUUCGAAUUUGUGGAGAUAUUGCUCGCAUUUAUUUCUGGCUGGUUGGUUUUUUACCACACAGCUCACGAACAGGCAGAGGAUCAUCGUGACUACCUGCAGGAUUUGAGGCACAAGGUCCAGAAAACUCGUGAAAAUUUCGAGGAGGCCCGCGAAAAAGUGACUGAAUUGAAAACAAAGUAUAUGGAAAAGCGCACAAAGCCCGAGGAAAUUUUUACAAAACGUGGCUAUUUAUUUCUGAUGGAAAAAAGUUCCAUUCUGAAAAUCUCCCUUUUAGAGCCAUUCAAAGCAACGUGGACAAAAUACUAUUGUACAUUCAAGAAGCAGAAGCGGGAAUUCACAAUGUUACAGUUUAAUCAAAUGAAUCACAAUUUUACGAGGCCCGAGGCACGUGAUGACGAGAAACUAACGCUCUUCUCCUGCCAGCGACGGGCAUCUGAGUUCGAGAAGCGGUUUUGCUUCGAUUUGACUUUUAAGGAAAAACCAGGAGUCGUUUAUACAUUUCAAGCUUUAAGCGAAAAGGAUCAUCGGUAUUGGAUAAGUGCUAUGGAUGGCACGGAGCCGACAUAUUUGGCUCCCGGUAAAAUCAAAGUCAGCGAGGCCUAUCAACUGGAUGAACCCGGAUUCAUGUUUAUCCGCAGAUGCAUACAAGUAUUAGAAAUCCGAGGUCUGGAGGAUGAAGGGAUUUAUCGGAAAAGUGGUGUUGGAACCAAAAUCAGCAAGCUUUUGGCUUUGGGUCUCAAUCAAAAGGAAACCGAUGAUGUCUUUAUCGACGACAAGUAUCGUGAUUUAAUGGAAAGCAACACCAUAGCUAGUGCUCUAAAAAUGUAUCUGCGGAAUCUAAAUGAGCCAUUGAUGACAUAUCAAUACCACAGCGAUUUUAUUGAAGCAGCAAAGCAAGAAACCUUAAAUCAACGCGUGAACGAGGUGCACAAGCUGGUCUACAAAUUACCGCAACCUAAUUUUCAGAUGCUAGAUAUGGUUAUUCGUCACUUAACAGACGUUUCACGGAAGUACGAAAAGAACAAAAUGUCCGUAUUUAAUCUUGGAGUGGUUUUCGGGCCAACAUUGUUAAGACCACGAGAAGAAUCAGUGGCAGCCAUAUUGGAUAUCAAGUUUAAUAAUAUCGUCAUCAACAUUCUAAUUGAUAACUAUGAGAGGAUUUUUAAGAACAAACCUAGCGCUGAUGUUAAGUUACCAGAUGCUACGAAAGCACCGAGCAUCAUGUACCCAAAUCGCAGCAGUCCACCGACUCGAAUGCCUCGGGCAUCUCAAAUAGGAAAAGCCGCUUCUACGGGUGCCAUGGGCACCAGUGGUAGUAGCAGUACCACGGCGGGAAAUCAAAUGUUCUUAAAUCAGCAGAAAAUCUAUCGAGUCGUCAGCAAAUCCAACUGUACAGAGCCCUCGAUGUCAUCUAGCCUGCAAAAUAUUCCAAAUGGCGACAAUUAUGCCCUCGGAUCGAACGUAAUGAAUAGUUCGGGUGGUGGAGCUGGGUGCAUAUCCCUGUCGCCACCAAUGCACAUGUUAAAUGGAAUACUAUCACCAACAAUCGGUAGCAUCAAUAAUCUUCACACAAUAUCGAAAAAUGAAGCAAGCACACGACGUUAUGUACCCAGCUCAUGUACUGACACUGAUGUCGCGCCCGAUUAUGGUAUCAUAAGUGCUAACAAUGGUGGUUUGGCGUUACAAUCACAUCAUGCCAUCCCCGUGAGUAGCACAAGUAAUUUUCGACAUCCUGAGUACCUAAUGACCACGGCAACGCCAGUGACUCAGUCUGGCUCCAGUAGCCAUAUAUAUACAAACACCUCUAGUGGUGGUGCUGCUACCUCAAGCAAUCGGAUUAGCCUAAACAAUGUUUCCCCGCCAAAUACCGCAAUGCGAAAGGAGCGAUUUCUGGGCAGUGCCAGUGGUCCACAGCAGCAUCCACCCGUUCAACGGGGUCUGUACUCGUACGGACAGACAAAACAUUAUUCCCCCUUAAUGCCAACAUCAACAUCGAGCUCUAAUGACAGCGUAUGUGAUUCACUUUCUUCCAAUAAUGGCUUGGGCAGCUCUAUUGUCGCAACAAAUAGUAGCAGUGCGAAUGUUGCACAGCAUUUAAGCACACGAAACUCUAAUGACUAUGCACUGACAACGUCACAGAAUUCAUCGUUGUCGCCACUUCUGGGAACCACCUGCGAUGAGGUCGUUACGGCCACAACAUUGCCCUCAGUUAGUCUAAGCUGUGGCGGCACCACAAACGAUAGCUCCGAAUAUCCGCCAAGUAAAAUGCAUCGUAAUCGUGACAUAAACCAAAUAAAACGUGAUUUGUCAACGGGCACAGCUCGUGUGCGCACACUUUAUGCUUGCAUGGGAGAAAGUGAGGGAGAGCUGUCGUUUGAGCCCAACCAAAUAAUAACCAAUGUUCGUUACUCGCACGAACCUGGCUGGCUGCAAGGUACGCUAAAUGGCAAAACAGGACUCAUUCCGGAGAACUAUGUGGAACAUUUGAAGCCUCACCAUUAGAUUUUCAGUUCAGUAGAGUUCUCUAUUAUUUUUUGCAUUCGUCGGUAGAUAAAAUUAAAAUGAAAGAAGAAAAAAAAAUAGGUAAUCUGAAUAUAAUCGUUGUGUAAAAAACUAAUUUUUGAUUACCCAUUUACCCAUGGGGUUUUACAUGAGAUGCAUUUUAUUUUAUGCUGGAAACCAGGAAACCACAAUCUUACCUUAUAAAUAUGUUAACCUUUAUAAUACCAUGACCAUACAAUGUACUUAUUUUUAAUUAUUUAAUAAGGAGUAUAAACUCAGUGCAACUGCAAAGAUUUAUUUACUAAUUGUUACGCUCUUCAUUUGUUGCUUAUUUAUACAUAAUUCACGUAAUUUGUGCAAAAAUGGAUUACAUCGUAUCUAAUAUCUACUACAUAUACAAUUGUAUAAAAAAAUAAAUAGCAGUGCUUCGAUCACUUUUAAAAUGUAAACAUUAAACUGAAGUCUGCCAUAUACCAUAUCAAAAAAAAAAAAUAAAAUAAUAAUAAUAAUAAAUAUUUUCUUAGCAAGGCAAAGAAAACGUA